AUGAUCUCACUGGGAUCUCGACAAGUUCUGGAGCUUGACGACAUGUGGCCCGUGUGUCCCUCGGACGCCUGCGAGUCUCUCGAAACACGACACUAUGAACCUCAUCGAUCGCACAUUUUCGGACUCUCGCCCGUGUUUGUGGCGUACAUGAAGACGUUCCAAGUGCAGAUCACGAUUGUGUUCAUGGGCUGCGUCGUGUACGUGCUGGCUUUAGGGCUACAAACAUACGUGACGAAAGCGCUACUGGAGUUCUUGAACGGCGAGAAGAAUGGGUUCGGUAUUGAAGAUGGCUACUGGCUUGUAGCCAUGAUGACCGCUAGCUCUCUUGUGGCCGUGUGUGCGUUAAAUUAUCUUUUCUUUGUGGCGUCGCGGAUUGGAACGAAUAUGCGCUCGCUGACAAUGUCGCUAGUGUAUGAGAAGGCGUUAAAACUCUCCAGUGCGGCGAGACAGGAGUAUACAACCGGAGAGAUCUUGACGCUGAUGAGUGUGGAUACAGAGCGUGUAUUUACUGCAAUAGUACAAGGUCCAUGGCUCGUUAUGGGGCCGUUAGCGUUUAUGGUGUCGUGUGUCCUGAUUGGGUUCCUAUUUGAUCGCUAUUCGGCGCUCGCUGGUGCAGCGGUUCUAACUGCAGUUAUGGUGAUCUCUAUUCAACAAGGAGACCGCAUCGCUGAACUGCAGCGGAGGUUGCUAACAGUUAUCGAUGAACGUGUUAAAGUUACGUCGGGGACGUUACAAGGUAUCCGCGUUAUGAAGUUGUACGCGUGGGAGGAUUCUCUAGCACAACGUGUGGAGAAACUGCGAGUGAAAGAAGUGAGUUUGUUACGGAAGUUCCAUUCGUACCAGGUCGUCAAUACGGUGAUGCUCUUCAUCACGCCGACGUUCCUCUCUGGCGCUACGUUGGGUGUGUACGUGUUAAUUAACCACACCAUAACGGUAGUGGAGGCGUUCACUCUCGUCGCAAUGGUUAACAUCAGUCGAGCUGCACUUAACCAGCUCCCGCUGGCUAUUGGAGGCUUCUCCAAGGCCAAGAUCGCUUACACUCGCAUCGACGCGUUCCUAUCGAGCAGCGAGGUAUCAUCGAUGCCAUUGCUUCUGGCUGAGGCUAAGCCAGGCUUUCAGCUUCAUGGUGUGAACCUUGAGAUCAAUUGUGGAUCGCUCGUGAUAAUUGUCGGAACGGUAGGAGCUGGGAAGUCCAGUCUCAUUAAUGCGAUCCUCGGUGGAAUGCCGCGUACGUCUGGUAUGCUCGAAAUUGGUGGGCGCGUGGCUUAUGUUAGUCAAGACACGUGGAUCCGCAACGCAACUCUGCGUGACAACAUUCUCUUCGAGCAAGAAUACGAUGUCGAACGCUACGCACAGGUCCUCGAAGCUUCGCAACUGGCAAUGGACUUGAAGGCUCUACCCAACGGAGACUCGACGGAGAUUGGUGAGCGUGGCAUCAACUUGAGUGGCGGUCAGAAGGCUCGAGUGGCGAUCGCUCGAGCGAUGUAUCGAUCAGGGACGGACGUGUUGAUUCUGGACGAUCCGCUGAGUGCUGUGGACCCACACGUAGCACACGCGAUUUUCGACAAGUGCAUCGUUGGUAUGGCAGGUGACCAGACUCGGUUGCUAGUGUUAAACAGCCACUACGAUCUUUUAAAAGAUGCAGAUCUCGUUGUGGUAAUGCGUGACGGUGUGAUCGCCGCGCAAGGAUCGUACCAAGAGGUACUUGCACGAUUCCCGCAAUUAGCAGCGCACACUACCACCAUUAACGAAGAUACUAACGCUUCAGCAACCUCUAUAGACAACGAGACAAUUCGAGCUGACUCAAUCAUCAGCGACACCCCCAGCCAACGCAACAGCGUGAAGGCAGAAGUCACGGAGACGCAGGACAAAGCUGGGCGGCUAAUUCGGGCUGAAGACCGCGUGAAAGGCAAAGUAGGUGGACGUGUGUACAAGACGUACUUCGACGAGACGGGAUUCGACGGAUUGGCCGUCAUCUUCGUGGUCGUCGUUGCGUAUUGUGCGGGUCAGGCUGCCCGCACGGUGGUUGACUGGUGGCCAGGACAUUGGGCUCGCAACAUGCCUCGUCGAGGUGUGGACUUAACGUACUCCAACACAAUGUUCGGCAUGUGGUAUCUCGGGUUUCUCGUGCUGUGUACAGCACUCUCUUUCGGUCGUGCGCUGAUGAUCAUCGAGUCGUGUGUUCGAUCGUCACAAAACAUGCACGACGAGCUGUUUCGACGCGUGUUAAAAGCUCCAGUAACACGAUACUUCGACGUGACGCCUAUGGGUCAAAUACUCAAUCGCUUCUCGAACGACUUGGACCAAAUGGACUCAAUUCUCCCUCAGAAAUACCAAUUACUCCUUCAAAACGCGUCCUUGGCUUUCGGUGCGCUUAUCGUCUCGGCGUUUGCGUCGUACUGGAUUGGCGUCGUGUAUAUCCCAAUCUUCUUAGGCAUCACACGAACGCCCGUGUACAAUCUCUUCAGCGAAACCCUGUCGGGCCUCGAUACGAUUUGA